AUGGAAUCGCCCUCCAGAAUAAAAAGACGCUCACCACAAAUUGUGGAAGUCUCCUCUACAACCAUUAAAAUGACACCAAGAAGAUCACCUUUCAUCCCAACUACCUUCGAAUCCAUACUCCUCUCCAUAUAUCCCGCGACCCUACUGCUCGGCUCAAUAUUCUCAGUGCUGAGUCCAGACGUACGAGCAUCAGAAUACAACGCAGUUCUACAAUCACAUCCGCCCAGCACCGCGCCGUCAUAUUUCGCAAAAAAGAGCAAUAUAUUCAACCAGUGGUUUGUGAAGAAAGGCUGGGCUUGGAUUUCCGCUAGUUAUUUUUUCUUCCUCCUAACGCAUCCUUCGACUGGUCCUCCGGGAGUCUUAACUCUCACGCCGCGACGGUUACGCGGUACGCUGCGAUAUUUGGUUGUAACGACCUGGUGGUUUUUCGUCACGCAAUGGUUUUUCGGCCCGCCAAUCAUCGAUCGCGGAUUUAUCAUAACGGGUGGACAGUGCGAGUUGGUGGAUGCGGCGGAGAAGGGAAAGAUUGUUAUGGAUAACACGCGCCAAUUUAUCACGGGCGUGGCUUGUAAAGCGGUGGGUGGGAAGUGGAAAGGCGGUCAUGAUAUUAGUGGACAUGUAUUCCUCCUGGUUCUCGGGAGUAUGUUCCUCUUCCAGGAGGUUCUACAUGUUGUUCUUCGCAGUUCGGGCAUCAAGGAAGAACGGACGAUAGUGAUGGAAGAUGGGGCGAUUAAAUCGGCAGAAGUAGAGGCACCCCCCCUGAACGAAGCGGAGGGAUUAGUUCAAGAUGGAUGGUUGGGAUUAAGUGUGAAGGUUGUUGGCUUUUGGAGGAGUGUUUGUGGUGUUUUGGUUGCCGAGGUUAAAUCCAACUGUGAGGUUAAUCUUGGGUAUGCCGGGGAUCUAGAUGAUGAUGAUGAUUGA